AUGGCGCCCGCGCCGCCUCAGCGCUGUCCCGGCGCUGUGCCGGCCGGGGCGGAGCCGGGGCCGCCGCAUGCUCAGAGCCCGAGCGCCCUCGGAGCCCCGGGUCAGCCGGGAGACGCGGCACGGCGGUGGGAAGGGCCUGAGGGAAGCCAGGGCGGACCCGCGCCCUCGGAGCCCGGAUCCCGCCGGGUGCCGCGGUGCGAAGGGUGUGCGGGGUGUGAGGAGGCCAUGGCUGCUGCACAGCACCCUCACAGCGCUGGCAGCCGCGGUCUGAAGGGUGUGCGGGGUGUGAGGAGGCCAUGGCGGGCACAGCGCCCUCAGAGCGCCGGGAGCCGCGCAGUGACUGCGGAUUUCGUCAGCCCCGUGUGGAGAGCAGCAUUUGGCAUAAUGCACUGCUGAGGCCGGCAUGGAUCCAUGCCUUAUCUCCUGUCUGUAAGGAGACCGUCAGAGUUCGCCUCAUCCCUCCAUGAAAACGUUUGGAGAGAUUUUUGCGGCCCCAGUGUGAAAACAGAUCUCACACCUGCCAGGUUCUCCAUAAAACCCUUCUCAUGAGCAAUCCAGGCCCUGCUCCCAAAGAGGCACCAUCAAAAGUCUCCUGUAGCUCCAGGCUGUGCAGCAAAGCUCUGCUUACAGCUGCUUCAGGAAGCUUAAAUCCCAUUCUGCAACAGGUUUAGCUGGAAUCUGGGGUGACAUGUUGGUGGAUCAAAAACUCAGCUGUCAAUACACUGAGCUUCCUGUUGGUGCUGCAGAUGAACCGAAGCCAAGGCAUGGGUAGGAAGGGCUCCUGUACAUAACCUGUAUCCUGGCUGGCUCCAUUUUAAAACUCAGUGGCAAAGCUCCCAUUGAUUUCAGUAAACUACAGCAGGUUUACAAA